AUGGCUGAGCCUAUUCGAAACAAGCGUUCUGAGUAUACUGCGCCCGAUACUGACUACCCCGCCUUCAAUGAUAUGGAACGAGCAGCUGCCGCCUCUCUGCUGGCGCAAAACCCCAAACUCGUGCAGAUGAUUCAAGGGCGACUCGGCUCUCUCAUUGGACAGUCAUCUGGAUACAUAGAGUCUCUUCCCGCCCCUGUCCGUCGUCGGGUUUCAGGACUGCGAGCCAUUCAGAAGGACCAUGCCAAACUGGAGUCUGAAUUCCAAGAGGAAGUUCUUCAGCUCGAGAAGAAGUACUUUGCCAAGUUUACUCCUCUGUACGAGAAGCGAUCUGAAAUCAUCAACGGCAAGGUUGAGCCCACCGACGAGGAAGUCAAGAGGGGAGAUGAGGACCAGGAGGAGGAAGCAGAGGCUGCCGAGCCCGCUGAAGAGGCCGCACAGCCCGAUGACUUGGCUGAGGCCGUCAAGGGAAUUCCUGAGUUCUGGCUGUCUGCCAUGAAGAACCAAGUUACCCUUGCGGAAAUGAUUACCGACCGGGACGAAGCUGCUUUGAAGCAUCUUACCGAUAUCCGCAUGGAGUACCUUGACAAGCCGGGCUUCCGCCUCAUUUUCGAGUUUGCUGAGAAUGAGUUCUUCUCCGACAAGAUCAUCACCAAGACGUACUUUUACCAGAACGAGAGCGGCUACGGUGGCGACUUCAUCUACGACCAUGCCGAGGGGCACAAGAUCGAUUGGUACCCUGGCAAGGACCUGACAGUCCGUGUUGAGGCUAAGAAGCAGAGAAAUAAGAACACCAAGCAGACCCGUAUUGUUAAGAAGUCGGUGCCGACGGAAUCCUUUUUCAACUUCUUCUCCCCUCCCAAGCCUCCUACCGACGAUGCUGAUCCCGAAGACGAUGUUACAUCAGACAUCGAGGAGCGUCUGGAGCUGGACUACCAGCUUGGCGAGGAUAUCAAGGAGAAAUUGAUCCCACGUGCUGUUGAUUGGUUCACCGGCGAGGCUCUCGCCUACGAAGAAUUUGAAGAGGAUGAUUUAGAAGCCGGCGACUACGACGACGAAGAUGAUGAUGAGGACGACAUGAGCGAAGAUCACGAUGAUGAUGAGGAGUCUGAUGAGGAUGUAAGUUCCGCUUAUUCCAUUCAAUGUCUGUUGCGAGGCUAA